CCCUUCCGCCGGUUCCACGCCGUCCUCACUGUUUGCGACGAGUGGGCCCCAUCACGGUAGUAGAUAGCUGAGAAUCCAAGAACGUCCCUAGUCUUCUUCUUCUUCUUCCUCCUCCAUCUGCAGUCAUACUACAAGCCCUAACCUGGGCUUAACAAGAUCCAAAUGGCUCCAUCGAAACUAGAUCGCAGACAGCUGGGGACCACCGGCCUCAGCCUCAGCUGCGUGGGAUUCGGCGCCUCUCCCCUCGGCAACGUCUUCGGCCACGUGUCCCCCGAGGAAGCCCUGGCCUGCGUCCGCAGAGCCCUCGACCUCGGCAUCAACUUCUUCGACACCUCACCGUAUUAUGGGCUUACGGUCUCGGAGACGGUCCUCGGAAACUGCCUUCAAGCUCUCGGGGUCGCGAGGGACGAGUUCGUUGUAUCGACCAAGUGUGGGAGGUACGGCGACGGCUUUGAUUUCAGCGCGGAGAGGGUUACGAAGAGCCUGGAUGAGAGCUUGGCGAGGUUGAAGCUCGAUUAUGUCGACAUUCUACAGUGCCAUGAUAUCGAGUUUGGGGAUCUCGAUCAGAUUGUAAAUGAGACAAUCCCUGCACUUCAAAAGCUCAAAAAGGCCGGAAAGAUUCGUUUUGUUGGAAUAACAGGUCUCCCUUUGGAGAUUUUUACAUAUGUUCUUGAUCGAGUACAGCCUGGUUCAGUAGAUGUGGUCCUCUCGUAUUGUCAUUACAGCAUCAAUGAUACAACUCUCGUAGAUUUGUUGCCCUACCUUAAAAGCAAAGGUGUAGGAGUGAUUACUGCCUCUCCACUGGCGAUGGGCCUUCUUACUGAGAGUGGUCCACCAGAGUGGCACCCUGCGUCAUCGGAACUCAAAGCUGCCUGCAGGGCUGCUGCACUCCAUUGUAAGGAGAAAGGGAAGAACAUCUCAAAACUAGCUCUCCAGUACAGCCUGAUGAAUAGUGAAGUUGCUAGUGUGCUUGUCGGCAUGAAUUCUGUCAAACAGGUUGAGGAGAAUGUUGCUGCUGCUUUAGAACUAUCAAACACGGGGCAUGAUGAGCAAAUUCUGCAUGAGGUCGAAGCUAUCCUAGAGCCUGUCAAGAAUCAAACCUGGCCCAGUGGCAUCCAACGGAGCGUCUAGCUUCCACUUCAUCCUGUCUGCUUUUGAUUAUUGAAGCAUAAGAAGAGUGUCAGAUAAACGUUUCAAGUUGGGAUCUGAAUUUGCUGGUUUUGGUUUGUUGUCUUACUGUCCCAGGGAGCUAGACUCAUCGUCAAGCGAGCUAGAUUGGUUAAGGAUAUCAGAGUAAUACUGUUAUGGAGCUUGUCAGAAAACUAGAGAUUGCAGUAUUGAAAAAUUAGGAACUUUUAUUGUCAAGGGAGCUGGAUUUGGAUAAGGAGAUCAGAGUAAUACUGUUAUAUUGAACUUUUUUUUUGAACACUAGAGAUUGUAGUAUUUAGAGAUUCGGAACUUGGGCAGAAUAGGCAAUCACGACUGUUGUAAAGCUCUCAUUUUCCUAAUAAAGCUCAUUGCAAGGA